AUGGAUGAAAUCCCCGGAGCUCGGAUGCCGAAGGCCUGUAGAACCUGUGCCAAGGCCAAAGUACGAUGUGAACCAGAGGUAAAUGGGGUCUGCAAGCGCGAGGUUUCAGUAUUAGAGGCAAAACUAGACCGAAUGGUUGAACUACUUGCUGCGUCAGAAAAAUCUAGGGAAGCUCAAUCCCACGCUAGUCAUUCGCCACGGCAACCUUCAGCUCACCCAGAAGAGGAUAAUGCGGCGUCAGUGCAAGAGGAUGAGGCUCUUAUGGACAUUGUGCGGAAAUCAAUUAUUCCUUUGUUCCCAUUCAUUUUCAUCCCCGAACAUCUUACCGCAGAAAAAUUGCGUCGAGAACGGCCGUUUCUCUAUCUGAAUCUCACUAUGGUCACUUGUCAACAUGCACCGCGUCAGCAUGAAAUUUCGGAAACAGUCAAGCAGUAUAUUGCAGAACAUAUCGUGGUAGGAGGCGAGCAUAGCAUGGAUCUCCUGCAGGGUCUUCUCGUUUAUUUGUCUUGGUUCAUUACUGUUUGCCACGUUCCAGACUGGCGCCAAAUUUCACAAGCUACCAAUCACACUACUGCUCCCCAGUUUCAAGCUCAGAGCGCACAACUUGACGUGUUUACGCAGUUGGCGAUGGCGCAAGUCAUCAGUCUGAAUUUAAAUAAAGGGAUAGCGGCUUUGAGGAGCCUCGAUCGACCUCUUUCUUAUCUGAGAGCGGCCGACUUCCAGCCUAAUCAGAUCCCCGCCCGAACUUUGGAGGAACGUCGGAUAUAUCUUGGAUGUUAUUAUAUUAGCGUGAUGUUCUCUAUAUGUGUGCGAGAUAUGGAGCCUGUUCGUUUUACACAAUACACGCAAGAAUGCUGUGAUGUAUUACAGGAGGCUUCGGAAUGUCCUGCAGAUGCCUACCUUGUGCAACUCAUACGAGUGGUGCAUCUGGCUGACAAGGUUCACCAUACAACGUCCACCAGCGAGCUAGGCUCCUCUGCAGUGCUCUCUACUCCGCUUGGCCUGAUAGUGCGAGGUCAGCAGGCAGAGCUUCAGCAAAUCAAAAAAUCGUUCUCCUGCGGAGUCCCUUAUUCAGCCCUGUUAUCAAUGCAUUACCAUAUGGUCGAGAUUAUCAUAUAUCGAGUCUCCCUGGGUGAUAAUUUCUCUGAGUUCCAGCCUGGAGAUUACUCGAUGACCCGGUUGGAUCUUCUCUUUCGCUGCUUAGAGGCAGUGAAGUCCUUCUUCUUCGACCUCCACUCCGUUCCAUCUGAAUAUUUUCCCUUCUUCCCUUUCACGGUCUGGUGCCAGUCUGGCCUCGCAAUGGUCACAUUAUCCCGACUGAUUCUUUUCCAGGGUGAAAAGAUUGGCUGGGACCGAACUUAUGUGCGAAGCGUUAUUGACCUUGACCAGACUGCUGAUAAUCUAGCCCGGAAGAUGAAAGAUGGUCAAGCUCUUCUUUCGCGGGUAAACCAAAAUAGCCAGUACUUAGAGCCACCUGAGAUUAUUGAAAGAGUGGUUUCGAGAAUGCAAAUAAUGAAAGCGGUUCACCGAAAGAGGCUGGAGGCUCAGGAGAGAGCCAAUCCACAAGCACCUCUAGAACCACCGGAUUUCAGCUUUUUCCUCAAUAUGCCGAUUGAUGCGUUGUUUCCCUAUGGUCAUUACGGGGAGAUUCCGAGCGCUUUUGACACCCCAAGUCUUACUCCGAGAUAUUUCUGA